GCGAGCCGCGUCUCCCGAAGCCCGGCCUGCCGCUGCGCGGAGCCCGGAGCUCCAGCGGUCACCGUAAACAUGGAGCUUCGGGAGACCGGCGGGUAACGAGCACUGCCUCGGCGCCCAGCCCCGCAGUCGCCAGCUCUUCUGGUCCGCGUGUUUAGGCAGCGAGAUGACUCGGAGGAUCGGGCUCCCGGUCUGGGGGCUCCCGGGUCCGCCGCUGUUUCUCUUGGGCGUGACCUGGCACGCCGUCGUCCGCGGCUCUUUGCUACCUGGCCUCGAAGGAAGUGCCCGCCUUGUGCAUCUUUCCAGUAACGUGUCGAACCGCCGGCUGGACUCUUGUGAGACGGAAGCUAAAUUAGCCUUGUCUCUCGACUUUUGGACUCUGUCCUCUGAAAACCUUAUAGCUGUGUUCCCAGUUGAUCCUGUUAAAGAAAAUUACGUUCGUAAAGUGAAAAACUGUAUUUUUUCAGUUGCCUUCCCUACUCCUUUCAAAUCAAGAGUACGUCUUGUAGCAGUUUCAAAGGAGGUUCUAGAAGAUAUUUUGGACCUUGACUUACGUGUCUCAGAAACAGAUGAUUUUAUCCAGCUUGUGAGUGGUAAAAGGAUAGUAUUUGGAUCCAUUCCACUGGCUCACAGAUAUGGUGGGCAUCAGUUUGGGAUAUGGGCAGGUCAGCUUGGGGACGGAAGAGCUCACCUAAUUGGAAUUUACAUGAACAGGCAGGGUGAAAAGUGGGAGCUCCAAUUGAAGGGCUCAGGAAAGACUCCAUACUCCCGAAAUGGCGAUGGCAGAGCUGUACUUCGUUCCUCAGUGAGAGAAUUUUUAUGCAGCGAGGCUAUGCACUCUCUCGGAAUUCCAACUAGCAGGGCUGCAAGUCUGGUUGUGAGUGAUGAUGAAGUAUGGAGAGAUCAAUUCUACAAUGGAAAUGUCGUGAAAGAAAGAGGUGCAAUAGUGCUGCGUGUUGCAAAAUCAUGGUUUAGAAUUGGAUCAUUAGAAAUUUUGGCUCAUUAUGGUGAACUGGAUUUACUAAGGACGUUACUAGACUUCAUCAUACAGGAGCAUUUCCCCUCAGUAAAGGCCACAGAACCUAACAGAUAUGUGGAGUUUUUCUCUAUUGUGGUAUCAAAGACAGCAGAACUCAUUGCCUUGUGGAUGUCUGUUGGUUUUGCUCAUGGUGUUUGUAAUACUGAUAACUUCAGUUUGUUAUCCAUUACAAUCGACUAUGGCCCAUUUGGUUUUAUGGAAGCCUAUAACCCAGAUUUUGUCCCAAACACAUCUGAUGAUGAAAGAAGAUAUAAAAUAGGAAAUCAGGCCAAUGUUGGGAUGUUUAAUUUAAAUAAGUUGUUGCAAGCUUUAAAUCCAUUACUGGAUCCUAGGCAAAAGAAACUAGCCGCUCAGAUUCUUGAGGGGUAUCCUGUUCUUUAUUACACAAGAUUUAGAGACUUGUUCAAAGCCAAACUGGGGCUACUUGGAGACAGGAAGGGUGAUGAUGAUUUAAUUGCAUUUCUCUUACAUCUCAUGGAAAAGACAGAAGCUGAUUUUACUAUGACAUUUCGGCAGCUCAGCGAGAUUACUCAAAGCCAGUUAGAGGAGCUCAACGUUCCCCAGCAAUUCUGGGCACUGAAGAUGAUCUCAGAGCACCAGCUUUUUCCCGCCUGGGUAUCCCAGUACCUUCUGAGACUGAAGAGUAACAUGAAUGAUUCAGAUUCUGAAAGAAGAAAAAGAAUGACAACUGUUAAUCCUAGAUAUGUACUGAAGAACUGGAUGGCAGAGUCCGCAGUGAGAAAAGCAGAAAGGAAUGAUUUUUCAGAGGUUCGUCUUCUCCAGCAUGUUCUUCAGCAUCCUUUCCAGAAGCAUUCUGCCGCUGAGAAAGCAGGCUAUGCCUCACCCACUCCUUCUUGGGCUAAAGACCUCAGAGUUAGCUGCUCAUCUUAGUUUAGUGUAAAUAAAUUAAGGAAUACUCUGUCACGGAAUUCGAUGUGAAAUGAUCUAUUUGAUAAAUUCUUAAUGACUAGCAUUUCAUAAAAAGGAUUAUGAUUGCAAAUAUCUUUUAAUCAUAUAAACUGGACCUAUUCUUUGGAACAACUGUGUGAUCAUUUUUGUUCUAAUGAGGAACUUCAGUGGAAUAAUAAAAUAUGUUUGGCAA